GCUUUAAAAUUUUAAUGUCCACUUAUUUAUGUCCUAUAGUAAUAUCAUGUUUAUCAUUAAGUGUUCAUUAUUUAAAAUCUCCAAUUGGCUAUUCCUUGGUCAUAAUCAUCUUAGAAAAUUUUCAUCUAAAAAUAUGACUCAAAAACUUAUCUGGGUUGAUUGUGAGAUGACUGGAUUGAAUGUCGAUCGUGAUCAAUUGCUUGAAAUAGCUUUGGUAAUCACCGACAGGGAUUUAAAAAAGCUGGAUCAAUUUGAUCCCAUUCAUAUCAAUGCCUCCUCACAGGUUCUAGAAUCGAUGAACGAUUGGUGUCAAAAACAGUUUCGAAGCAACGGCCUUUAUGAAGAAUGUUUACGAUCCAAAAUUCAAAUAGAAGAAGCUGAUAACUUGUUGGCAGAAUUUAUGGUCAGAAAUAAAAUCAAACAGGGAAUUUUAGCCGGUAAUUCAAUAGCAACGGAUCGACAAUUUUUAAACAAAUAUUGUCCAAAAUUUGUUUCUCAUUUACAUUAUCGAAUGGUAGAUGUGUCCUCAAUCAAAGUCUUGGUAGAUAUGUGGUAUAAAGAUCGCGAAUUCUGGAAUGUAAAUACACCGCACAGAGCCCUUGGUGAUAUCAAUAAGAGCAUCGAAGAAAUUAAAUACUAUAAAGAAAAAUACUUUUUGAAACUUUAAUCAAUCAUUGAAAAAAUUAUUUUUCAAAGUCCACAUUCGGCAAUGUUUGGGCCGUUUUUGAUAAAUGUUUCCAAUAAAUUUGCUGUUUUUUGUGACAA